AACGGUUGUAUUUGGAUUCAAUAUUUUCGUUUUGUCAGUUCCGUCUAAACAGUUCGUUAAAUUUUCAGAUAUAUAAAUCGUUUUCCAGUCUUUUUAUGUUCUUAAAAAUUGGAUUUUUCAACAAUUAGCGAAGAGUGCUCAUCGAUAUGGAAUUUGAAUAAAAAUAUUAUUAAUUUCUCUAUUGAUUUUUCUUGUAAUUUUUGACACGAUCUUUAAAAUAAAGAACUUGUUUCUUCAUCAGUCUACAAUAUUAAGUCGUUAUGACCUAUUUUAAUAAGCGAGUGGGUUGGAUAGUUUUUUCUGCAAUGGUUUCAAUUCUUCUUGGGACCAGUUGGAUGAUAUAUUUUCAUCAACGAAGACAGCUGUGUUCAACGAGUGAUGCUAAGGCUCCAAUAGCACCUUGGAACUACAAAGCAGCUGAGUCAAUGUCGGCUGAAGAGGUUUUUCGAUAUCUUCACUGGACCAAUGGAACUUCGUGCCUUUUCGCUGUUGAUUUCGGUUUCUUUGUUUGGAAUGGAGAAGGUGUUGCCGCGCCCGACGGACAUAAAGCCAUAUGUCUCGAUCAGUCCAUAUCACCUGUCUACGGCAACUGUCUCGUCUACUCUUUUGGCAUAGGAAAUCAAUGGUCGUUCGAUGAAUCUAUGGCUCAUUUUGGUUGUAACGUUUAUUCUUUUGAUCCAUCGAUGGGAGACAACGACCACGACGAAAGCCAAAAUAUUCAUUUUUAUAACCUCGGUCUAGCUGCACAAGAUGGAAUAAUUCCAUCUAAGCAGUGGAAAAUGAAAACAGCUUCGUCUGUCUAUCAGAUGCUGAUCCAUCGCCACGGUCCGGUGCUGAUUGAUGUCUUUAAAAUGGAUAUCGAAUUUUUUGAAUGGGAAGUAAUUCCACAAAUGAUGCAUUCUGGAUUUCUUGCCAAAAUCGUGAAACAAUUAGCCGUUGAAAUUCACUUUAAUGUAAGUGAUCCUUUGGAAAUAUUUCGACAUCGUGUGCGGAUCCUUCAAGAUCUAGAAGAAUCCUCACUGUCUUCUUAUUCUGGUGGGUUUAUUCGUUUUAGUUCACGUCCUAAUCCGUGGCUCAAAAGACAGUUGCCAAUAUUAGAAAGUAAGGAAGACUACAUUGGAUUAGAACUAGCUUGGUACAACUCAAGAUAUUAUCCAACACCACAAAGUUAAACAUUAUCAAGAAUAACACCAUAUUUUCGCAAAAAAAUUGUGAGGGUACACCAAAUGAUUAAAAUAAUUUGUUGUCUAUAGGAGGAAAAGGUAGAAAAGUGGCAACAAAAAAUAUGUCUAAAUUAAUUUAUUAUUUGUUUCUUAUUAAAUAGUGGCGACUAGGUACUUAUCUUUUGAUGUUUUCACUUUUCAUUGGUGCUGUAGAUCCAAAAUAAUAAGAUUGAGAGAGUUUAACGGUUACUUAAUUUUACAAUGUAGGAUUUAAAGAUUUUUUGCUGAAUCGGGUUAACUUGAUGAAUAGAGUGGAGUCGUAAGUUAUAGUUCGAUCACUCUUUCUAUUUUUCGGUGCCCAUUUUUUAUUUCAAAAUAAUUUAAGCCUCAAGUAAGGUAGAAAAAAUUGCUUUCUAUAGAAAAAAUUGGCAUUAUUACAACUUUUUAUUCUGGAAAAGCAUUGGUAAAAUAAAAAGAAUUUAUAUAGUUGAGUAUAAAGUUAUCCUUGUCGUCAACAUCGCAUGUAGCAUGUGAUAUUCUUUUGCUGAUAAAAAAUCAUAAAAUUUAUGUAUAAAAUUCACAAGAUCUCACAUAAGGAUCCCGCGGACCAAGAUCACUUGCUGAGAUCACAUGAGAAAACGUUUUAGCAAUAUUUAUAAAACGUGAGAACAAUGCUUAUAUAAUUAUAACACGACAACAAUUAUUGUGAAAUGUGUAAAACUGCUAAUAUGUAAAUCAAUGUGUUGAGUUCUAGACGAAACUAUCAAAAUAUAAUUUGAACAAAAAUGUUGCUAA